AUGAUACCUGUAGUGGCUGUAGUACCUGUAGUACCUGUAGUAGGUGUAGUGGCUGUAGUAGCUGUAGUAGCUGUAGUAGCUGUAGUACCUGUAGUACCUGUAGUAGCUGUAGUAGCUGUAGUAGCUGUAGUAGCCGUAGUACCUGUAGUACCUGUAGUACCUGUAGUAGCUGUAGUAGCCGUAGUAGCUGUAGUAGCUGUAGUACCUGUAGUACCUGUAGUACCUGUAGUAGGUGUAGUACCUGUAGUAGCUGUAGUAGCUGUAGUAGCUGUAGUAGCUGUAGUACCUGUAGUACCUGUAGUAGCUGUAGUAGCCGUAGUAGCUGUAGUAGCUGUAGUACCUGUAGUACCUGUAGUAGGUGUAGUACCUGUAGUAGCUGUAGUAGCUGUAGUACCCGUAGUACCUGUAGUACCUGUAGUACCUGUAGUAGCUGUAGUAGCCGUAGUAGCUGUAGUAGCUGUAGUAGCUGUAGUACCUGUAGUCGUCGUAGUAGCUGUAGUAGCUGUAGUAGCUGUAGUAGCUGUAGUACCUGUAGUACCUGUAGUAGCCGUAGCAGCUGUAGUAGCCGUAGUAGCUGUAGUAGCUGUAGUAGCUGUAGUACCUGUAGUAGCUGUAGUAGGUGUAGUACCUGUAGUACCUGUAGUACCUGUAGUAGCUGUAGUAGCCGUAGUACCUGUAGUAGCUGUAGUAGCCGUAGUAGCUGUAGUAGCUGUAGUACCUGUAGUACCUGUAGUAGGUGUAGUACCUGUAGUACCUGUAGUACCUGUAGUAGCCGUAGUAGCUGUGGUAGCUGUAGUACCUGUAGUAGGUGUAGUAGCCGUAGUAGCUGUAGUAGCUGUAGUACCUGUAGUACCUGUAGUACCUGUAGUAGGUGUAGUACCUGUAGUAGCUGUAGUAGCUGUAGUAGUUGUAGUAGCCGUAGUACCUGUAGUAGCUGUAGUAGCUGUAGUAGCUGUAGUGGCUGUAGUACCUGUAGUAGCUGUGGUAGCUGUAGUACCUGUGGUAGCUGUAGUAGCUGUAGUACCUGUAGUAGGUGUAGUAGCCGUAGUAGCUGUAGUAGCUGUAGUACCUGUAGUACCUGUAGUAGGUGUAGUAGCUGUAGUAGCUGUAGUAGCUGUAGUAGCUGUAGUAGCUGUAGUAGCCGUAGUACCUGUAGUAGCUGUAGUAGCUAUAGUAGCUGUAGUGGCUGUAGUAGCUGUAGUAGCUGUAGUAGCUGUAGUAGCUGUAGUACCUGUAGUAGGUGUAGUAGCCGUAGUAGCUGUAGUAGCUGUAGUAGCUGUAGUAGCUGUAGUAGCUGUAGUAGCUGUAGUACCUGUAGUAGCUGUAGUACCUGUAGUAGCUGUAGUAGCUGUAGUAGCUGUAGUACCUGUAGUAGCUGUAGUACGUGUAGUAGCUGUAGUACGUGUAGUAGGUGUAGUACCUGUAGUACCUGUAGUAGCCGUAGUAGCUGUAGUAGCUGUAGUAGGUGUAGUACCUGCAGUAGCCGUAGUAGCUGUAGUGGGUGUAGUACCUGUAGUAGCCGUAGUAGCUGUAGUACCUGUAGUACCUGUAGUACCUGUAGUAGGUGUAGUACCUGUAGUAGCUGUAGUAGCCGUAGUACCUGUAGUACCUGUAGUAGCUGUAGUAGGUGUAGUAGCUGUAGUAGCUGUAGUACCUGUAGUACCUGUAGUAGCUGUAGUACCCGUAGUAGCUGUAGUAUCUGUAGUACCUGUAGUAGGUGUAGUACCUGUAGUAGCUGUAGUUGCUGUAGUAGCCGUAGUAGCUGUAGUACCUGUAGUAGCUGUAGUACCUGUGGUACCUGUAGUAGCUGUAGUAGGUGUAGUACCUGUAGUAGCUGUAGUAGCUGUAGUACCUGUAGUAGUCGUAGUAGCUGUAGUACCUGUAGUA